AUGGCAGGCCAGCGGGUGCUGCUGCUAGCAGGUUUUCUUCUGUCUGAGUUCCUGCUCUCAGAGGCCGCCAAAAUUCUGACUGUAUCCUCACUGGGUGGAAGCCAUUAUCUACUGCUGGACCGGGUAUCUCAGAUUCUUCAAGAUCAUGGUCAUAAUCUCACCAUGCUUCUUUAUGCAGGAGAUCAUUUAAUCCCAAAAAAGACGGAAAAUACAUACCAAGUUAUCAGUUGGCUUGCACCUGAAGAUCAUGAAAAAGAAAUAAAGAAACAUUUUGAUUUAUAUAUAAAGGAAGCUUUGCAGGGCAGAGAAGCAUUUGACACCUUUGUAAAGUUAAUGGAGCAAUUGGGGAUUAAAUGCAGUUAUUUGCUAAGGAGAAGUGAUAUCAUGGAUUCUUUAAAAAAUGAGAACUUUGACCUGGUAUUUGUUGAAGCAUCUGACUUCUGUUCUUUCCUGGUUGCUGAGAAGCUUGGGAAGCCAUUUGUGUCGAUUCUUCCCACCCAGUUUGGAAUUGUGGACCUUGGGCUACCAAACCCCCUGUCUUAUGUUCCUGUAUUUCAUUCCUUGCUCACCGACCGCAUGGACUUCUGGGACAGAGUGAAGAAUUUUCUGAUGUUCUUUGAUUUCUUCAUGAGGCAAUGGCGAAUCCAGUCUACGUAUGACAACGCCAUCAAGGAACAUUUCCCAGAAGGCUCUAGGCCGGUUUUGUCUCAUCUUCUGAAGAAAGCAGAGCUGUGGUUUGUUAACUCUGACUUUGCCCUUGAAUUUGCUAGGCCCUUGCUUCCCAACACUGUGUAUGUUGGAGGCUUAAUGGUCAGACCUGUUGAACCAGUACCACAAGUAAGUAAAACCUUAGCACUCAAUAAGGACUUUAUGCAGAGCUCUUCGGUGCAGAGUUGGUGGCUCCCUUGCCAGUGGGAACUGGUAGUGAAUGCCUUUGCUCAACUUUCUCAAGGGGUGAUAUGGAUGUGUAAGGCUUCUAAGUGGCCCAAAGAUGUCAAGUUGGCAGCAAAUGUAAAAAUCGUGGACUGGCUUCCUCAGAAUGACCUCUUGGCUCACCCAUGCAUCCGCCUUUUUGUCACCCAUGGUGGGAUGAAUAGCAUAAUGGAGGCCAUUCAACAUGGUGUGCCCAUGGUGGGGAUUCCCGUCCUUGGAGACCAUCCAGAAAACAUGGUCCGAGUAGAAUCCAAGAAGAUUGGUGUCUCUAUCCAGUUAAAGCAGAUCAAGGCAGAGACAUUGGCUCUGAAGAUGAAGGAAGUCAUGGAAGACGAGAGGUACAAGUCAGCAGCGGUGGCCGCCAGCAUCAUCAGGCGCUCCCACCCCCUGACCCCUGUCCAAAGGUUGGUGGGCUGGAUUGACCACAUCCUCCAGACAGGGGGUGCAGCGCACCUCAAGGCCCAUGCCCUGCAGCAGCCGUGGCAUGAGCAGUACCUCCUGGAUGUCAUCUUGUUCCUGCUAGUGAUCACCCUGGGCACCCUGUGGCUCUGUGGGAAGCUGCUGGGCAUGGUUGUCAGGUGGCUGUGUGGGGCCAGGAAGUUGAAGAAGACUUGAUAGGGGUGCAACCUUGAUCAGUGUUUGGGGAAUCACUGGUUCUACAAAGUCUCCAACCACACAAGACACCCAUGGUGUCUCCCUCUAUUCCACCUGAUGGUGACACAUAAAUUGCUCUUCACUUCUA